UUAGGACAGUCAGCUUUGCUAUUCCUUGCCCUACCGGUAGUAGGGUGGUGGUCAUCCUCCAUAUCUAGCUGCAAAAAAGGACACUUGCCCCAGCUUCUGUCCUCUUCCCAGCCUGGGCUUUGACAGACAUCCCACCUCUCCCAGAUGUUCCCAGAGUCUUCUGCAAAUUGACGGUAGCUGCCUGAACCUGCAACUGAAGCCUUUGUUCCAGAAAUCUGUCAGUCUGCUGUUCCGCAGUGGUAAGAUUAGCCAUCGAGGAGUUUUACUGCUGCAACCUCACCUCAAAUUUCACCGCGACUCUCUGGUCCCGGUCAGCAAAUUUUGCCCAUUCAUCCAGCCACCCACACCUCUGUCAUAUGUACCCUCCUGCAUGCCCCUCGUCUGCCUCCCUAAAAUGAGUAUCCCCUAGGUGGGAUGUCUGCUUUAAGCCCAGCGGGAGUGGAAUGUCUCAUUCCAUGGCAAUCUGAGGCUGCCGGCUAGGUCCACUACCAAACCCUCAGUGUAGACACCAUAACUACUGCUGGCCUGCAUGGUGCUGUCUGCCUUUUAAAAAUGCUCAGCACAUUUCCAGCUGGGAUCGAUGGUUCCUCACAGUAUUUUACUGUAUACUAACAGUGUGCUGCCACAAAUCAGACCGGCGGCUACAAUCAGGUGUGUUUAAUUUCAGGUAGGUUAAUAAUGUGAGGUGGGUUUUAAGUCUUGGCUGCUGCAUUAAUUUAAUUGCCAUCUUUUGUGGGUGUCAUGAGGCAAAAAGUGCAGUGAAUCAUUCCUUGAAAUGUUAUUUCGUAUUUGGUAAUUACAUAUUAUCGGGAGUUAAAAUUGGGUGGUAUGCUCAGAAUCUAGUAUUUCAAGGGAGGGUUGUCUUUGGUCUCGUGAGUAUGUGCACCCUGUACCUGGGACCUGAAAGUCAGGGUCCUAUGGGACAGUAAUUAGACAGUAUCUGAUUAAAAUGCAUUUCGAAAUUAAUGCAGGAAGUAACGACAGCUUGAGGCACCAUGUAAACAAACAUGUCUCAGAUUAUAAAACAGGGCAAAGUAAAAAAUGAUUGGCACAGACGCUGCACAAACCAUUGAGACAGUUUGGUUAAAGUCUGAAAUCUACGGAUGGAGCAACAGGUUUAUUUUGUAACGUUUUUCAGGGCACGUUUCAAUGUUUGAAGAAAUAUUUACCAUUUAAUCGUUUUUUACACGUUUGUAGUACGAAGAUCAUAAAACAUGACAUUAAAGGGACCCUACGGACGAUUCCAGAGAAUGAAUCCUUGAUCCUGUUAGAGAACACAUUUAGAUGUGCGGCCAGGCCUGUUAGUGUAGGAGAGGGUCCUCUGGAGGUCACUGGCCGGCUCUGGUUAGUGUACCCUGCUGACAUGUUCUCAGUGCACCACACGCUGUUAAAUGCGUACUGGAAAUCUACCUUUCUCUGAAACCAGGGGUUUGACAUACGUGUAUAAAUGUUGCGUAUAAAGUGAUUAUUUCUGAAUCUUAUGUUCUGAAUUGCAUAAAUCCGCCUCGCAAAUGGCUGGGGCUCCUUAAAAGGCGUGAGCACCGGAGGGAUUAUCCCCCGGAAGUGUCGGCUCUGCUGCGCCGCCUUGCUCCGCUUGUUCUGCUUGACAGCAGAAAGAUGGCUGCCGCCGCAUCGGAGGCAAGAGGAGCGCACCUAUAUAGCAACAGCAAGGUCUGCUCCCCCAGCCAGGAAGAUGAUCGGCCGCCAUCUCAGCCCCGGGAGAUCAUAACGCCCUCGAUCACCGAGCUGACCAAAGAGGUGCGCACUAACAUCCUCUGCACGGUCGAAGGAUGCGGGAAAAUCCUCCCCAAUACCCCUGCGCUCAACAUGCAUCUGGUGAAGUCACACAGGGUCAAGGAUGGCCUCAUCAACCCUACAGUCAGGAAGGAUAUGAAGGGAUCACAGAAAUUGUACUGCUGCCCCAUGGAAGGUUGUCCCAGAGGACCACACCGACCGUUCUCUCAGUUUUCCCUGGUUAAACAGCAUUUCAUGAAAAUGCAUGCGGAGAGGAAGCACAGGUGUGCCAAGUGUAGCAAUUGCUACAGCACAGAGUGGGACCUGAGGAGGCACGCUGAGGAUUGUGGGAAGACCUACCACUGUACCUGCGGCUGCCCCUACGCCAGCCGGGCAGCUCUUCUGUCCCACAUCUACAGAACAGGUCAUGAGGUGCCAACUGAGCACAGAUAUCCUCCAGUCAAAAAAAGAAAGAUGGAGGGAUUAACUGGGGGCUCUACAAAAGUCAAGUUUACAGAGCAGACUUGUCCAUUGGAGAAAGAGUUCAAUGCAGCAAUUCCCUCUGCUGAUGGAGUGUCCAAGUCUGAUACAACCAACCAGAACCUCAGUCCAAGUAAAGGUGUUCCCAAGCUCCUGCUCCCAAAGCCUAAGGUUGCACUGUUGAACGUACCAGUGAUGCAGUUUGCGCAUGUGCCAGUUCUCCUGUCCACUGCAGACAGCACCCCAGUCAGGUCAGUCGUGUUGGCUGUAAACAAUCAAGCCUCCUUAAUGAGCACCGUUCACCUGGUACCUCAGCCAGCGGGAAGUGUGAUGCCGACAGUGAACACAAAGACGUGGAACCUUAGGGAGACGGUGCCCUUACCCAGGUUGGGCCUGGGUCCUGUUAGUACUGGAGUACAAGUAAAUUUGGAAAGUAUAGCCUCUGGUCAAAACUCAGGAGACCCCACAGAAAAGAAUAGCACCUCCACCAACAUUCAGACUGAUAUCUCUUACCUUUCGAAGAGCUUCACCCCAGGGAGCACAUGCAUCCUGAGUGAGUCCUCGGUUUCGUCAUGCUCCCAAACAGACAUCAGUGUUAGUGCUCAGGUCCAACUUCCAGUCAGUGUUGAGACCCAGACCUUUCCUUCACAGUCCAAAGUAACCACCUCCAUUGGAGCACAGACAGACACCUUUGGUCAGACUUGCCUGCCUACCUAUAACAUCACUAGAGAAACACAGACUAGUGCCAGCCUAGAUGUUUCUGAGGACAGAGGUCAGAUGGACCAGGCUAUAAUGUGCACAGACCUUUUUGAUGGCAGUUCCCUUAGCGUGUCAACACAGACCACCGUGAAAGAGAGACCUUUCAGAACAGACACCGUGGAAGAAUCUCUGAACUGCAGUAGUUCCGGUCUCUAUGACCAUAAGUCAGUAGGUGUCAUGUGUUUUGGUUCUCAGACAGAACUGCUCCAAACGAAUCUCAUGGCGGACAACCAGACUCAGACUAUGGCGUUAUUCAAUGACCUGGAGAACAUUCUGUCCCACUCAAUGACCAAUAGUCCUCUGUCUAAUGCCACCGUGGUCUGUGAACCAGGUCUGUCGUCUGUCCCAGAACAUAACGCCAGCAUUGAUUUUGAUUUUGAAGAGUUUUUGAAUGCUGCACACAUUCAGACUCAAACAGAGGAAAGUGAACUUGGUACUUUGACCUCUGAAACACCUUUGGAAUCCCUAGACAUCGAAACUCAGACUGACUUUCUGUUUCUCGAUUACCCGGCCCAGAACGACAAUAAUCCUAGGCCUCAAUCAAAUUAUCUCGGGCAAGAGACAUUUGACACCCAGACUCAAACGGAUCUCAACUUCCUCUUGGACACAAGUGGCCCCCUUCCUCUGGGGAACUUUCUCAAACAAUCGGGCUUCUCAAUGAGUACCGAGGCCUCAGGCUCAGAGACGCACAAGCCUGUCCAAGCUAUUUCUCCAGCCAGUGCUCAGGACAGCCAGAUUAAGCUCAGCAGUACAGAAACGCAAACCGUGAGCAGCUCUUUUGAGAGCUUGGGUCACUUGUUCUUGACCAGCAAUGAGACUCAGACAGUAAUGGAUGACUUCCUGAUGGCUGACCUCGCCUGGAACAUGGAUUCCCAUUUCAGCUCUGUGGAAACGCAGACAUGCGAGGAACUGUGUUCUCUCUUUCAGCACUCAGAGAAACGCAGCAACUGAAUGUCGCUCUGAUCGAGUUUGUUGGGACAGCCACACUUCUGGGGUUAGUGAUGGCAGUCAGGUCAUUUAACAGGGCAUGAUUGUCACAUAAACUGUCUAAGCGUGAGGAAGAGUGAGCCUUUAUGUUCAGCUUACCACAUUUUCAGUGCACAUUCCACCAGAUUUGUUUGCCAUCCUUUUUAUUUAUUUCAAUUUUUAAAUACCUCAGCUGAAUAAUUUCUGUGUGCCCAAAACAGAAAAUGCUUAAUGGCAUGUUGGUUGUAGUACUUCAAACACGGAACCCUAACCCUACCAAGCUUUCCGGUGAAGGUGGGUUCUCUCUUUUGAGAUGCACACCUUUAUCUGUGCCAUCACACUAAAGGUUCUGCAUGUCUCUCACUGGUGCGCAAGUAGGUCCUGCCUGCUUGAGCUAUGCGAUUGCCAGUGCUUGUCUUGUAUAUUAUAACAGAACCACCUUGUAUUAAGAGGUAGGUAUAGACCUUUCAUAUUGUGAUUUCAUGCUGUCUAAUGCAGCCCGGUGUACUGAAGGAGUAGCAUUAUUAAAACCAACAGGGUUUCAACUUCUUGAGUAAGAUUGUGGUUGGAGAUCCCUCUUAGCAGGACUAUGAGGAAUAGUAACUGACCAGAGCAGGUGUUCUUAUUUGAAGAUGUCAGGAGAUUCAUCUGUCAGCAUGCUGAAAGAAUGUUUUCCGUUUCUUGCAUGAUGUUUGUAUUGUGUGUGUGGAAGCGCUAUUGGACGGAUUUCACCUGAAAUUGCAAGGGGAUAUUUAUUAUAUAAAAU